CUUCUUCAAUGAAAAGGGUGAUUUGGCGAGUUGACGAGCAAUUUCUAUCAACGUCCUUUAUUCUCGGAAGUUGCAUUAAAUGUCCCAAUAAUAUGAUUCUGAACCAGUUUAUAAUUUUUUGACAGUUCAAAAACAGGGUAACCGUGUCCAACGAAAGUGAUCUUAAAAGUAGUUAAUAUUUUUAUUUAGAAUUUCAUUAUCAUUGUUUUCACUUUUUGUUUUUUAUUUGUUUGUUUUUUAAUCUAGUCUUACGCAUCCGGAGUAGAGUUUUUCACUAAAUAAGGUCAUAUCACGGCCGAGCAACAAUUAUGUCGUCGAAUCUUGUCUGUUCUGCAUGAGUAAGUCAUUCAGUUCCGCUGCCAAGUGUGUUUCCUUUUCACCUUUCUCGCCUAUUUUCUUCGCUAAUUAAAAACAAUUAGUUUUGCAGUGAUUAUGUCACUUGAAUUUGCGUCAAUUCAUACCAAAGUUGAUAACAAAAAUAUAUCACUAGGUCAACCUAAAAUAUUUUCAAUAUCAAGUUACAGAUUCUACAUAUCCUCCUGGGAUAUAAUUUGUCUAAGCUGACGAAUUAUUUUAAAUUGAAUUUCAACCGCCAGUAAGUAUUAAAUCAUUUAGCCCCAUGCCUGUGCGAGCUUCGUGAUUUUGUUCUGUUUAUGGUAGAAUAUAAUUUAACAGCUGUGUAUAACUUUGUUGAGACUGGUAUUGACAGCAUCCCUAUUCUGUAUUUAAUGUCAAGCUUUUUGCUUUUUUCGUUUUCUUAUCUUCAUGAUGCCUCGGAGAUCGAUUUUCGAACCGCAUAAAGUAUUUUAAUUGAUCUAUUCACUAUUCUGACUGUCAUUUGGAACGAUGUAUGAUUGUGUCAAUGCUCUGCAACGGUAUUGUUCUAUAUAGAUUUUUGUGUAAACAUUAGUUUUAUAAAUGGCCCCUUCCUGCACCAUAUUGAAUUUCCCCGCAACAUUUCAUUAAGAUUUCAUGAAAAUUAAUGGAUUUAACGAACGUAAUUAAGUUUUCAGCUCGUAAUCAGGCAGUUAGCGUGGUCUGGCGGUUAGUUCAUUUGCAUAGUGUUCGCAACAGGGUUUUGGUUCCGCUACGCUUGUGUUGUGAUCACUCAUCUCGAAAUAAAUAUAACAAGUCCGAUGGAGUAAUUUCUAGCGAUCAACAUAGGAAAGUUUCGUGGAGACUUGAGGCUGCUUGUUUCUUCGAACUUACUUUCAGGUUCUUCUCCAACUGAAUAUUACCAUGACUGACUCAAACAGUACAGUUUAUGAAGUUUGGUCGACAAACGGCAGUGAGUUUAUCGUCGCCCUGAUUUUACUAGGAUCCAUCUCUCUGGUUGGUUUGUUCGGUAACUCUAUUGUUGCUUCUGUAAUCGUUUCAAGUCGACGACGUGGUCAGCGGUCAGCCGUCCAGUUGUUUCUCUUUCACCUGGCGAUUUCAGACUUGCUAGUGUGUAUAGUCUGCAUACCGCUGACCAUAUGGAUCAAUUUCUACUAUCCAAAACAGGACAAACGAGGAGCUGGUGCGGCGUGUAAGAUAGCACGAUAUAUCCAGUUUCUGGCGCCAUCCAGCUCCAUCUGUUUACUAACUGUUAUUAGCAUUGAUCGUUACUACUCUCUGGUUCGUCCAUUACAAGCGAUGAAGGCGUGGCUUCGCCCUAAAGUUCUGAUCACUGCCGGAUGGAUCUAUGGAGGAGGGAUAUUCCUACCCACGUUUUACUUCGCUGACACCGAGAAUAUCCAAUCAGGAGACGAAACAUUUUGGUAUUGCCGUACCAUUCCUAACAACACAACAGCUGGCUUCAUUUACCUAUUGUUCCUUUCCGUCUUUGGAUUCGGUAUUCAGUUGAUCACCAUAAUUGUGUUAUACAGUCGCGUGGGAAAGGCAGUGUGGAGCCGAGAAAGAAAAAUCUCUCGCACUGGAACACUGUCCACGGCUGCCACAGAAUCGCUGGACAAAACAAGAAAACGCGUUACAAAGAUGCUUUUAACUGUUGUUAUAUGCUUCCUCCUCUGUUGGGCUCCAUUUGUCAUAUACACUGGCUUCAUUGAGAGAUCAGUUGCUCCAUUCCCUAAUCCAGCCGAUACUGUUCGAGUGAUUACCUAUGGCUUCGGGCAAUUCAAUUCAGUCUGCAAUCCAUUCAUCUACUUUUUUAACAGCCCAAAUUUUCGAAGAGUUUCUUUACGCAAAGUCUGUUUGGAGGUCAUAGAUACCAUUGGACAGGAUGACAACAGGGCCAGCCGCUCGACAGGGAGCUCAGACGAGACAUGUCAAACAGACACGGUUGUGAGGCCUACUGAAGAGAAAAGCUCACAACAGAACGGCAUCGACAACCAUGCACGUCAUAACGAGACUCGCGAUACCAGACUUUAAAACAUGGGCUUAUUCGCUAUCUGUGAGAAGAUCUGACUUGUAUGGUAAGCUGGGAAAUACGGCUUUCCAGCAGCAAAGAGUUGAGACAGUAAUGAAAUUAACUACAUAUUUAGAGGCUUUCUAGAAACCUGAUGGUGCGUGUUUCAAUUAUAUAUUAUUGAUAUUCAAGUAGGUUCUCAGGUGAUUACAUAAAUGCGCUCUUUCGGUCGUAAUCAUUACUUAUUUUCCAAAACGGAGAAGGAGCAAAUGAAAAUAUAUGAAUAGCUUUCGUUAUGAUAUUUAUUUGAGUAAUUAUACUAGCCCAAAGAUUGUCCUCAGAGUCAAUGAAUUCUGUCGUAUCAAUCAAUUAUCAAUCAAUUAUCUUUACCUUAAUGGUUACUGAAUUUCGCACAACAGAAUAAAAUGUUGUCAAUCAGUAAUUAAAUCCCUUGAAAUUCACCAUAAUUUAUUAUUUUUAAACUUUAUACUCAGUUCAUGCUAACAGAUCGCUUUUAUGGAAAUUGCGAAUGUAAGAAAUAUAACAAGCUUCAUUGUAAAACAGUUGAGAAACGUCAGAGUUAUUCCCUAAGAUGCUGUGGAAGUCAUAUAAAAUGUCCAAGUCCAGAAAACACGAGAUUCGUUAGCACAGCGAUGAGCGGCCAGUUGGAAAAUAUAGACUGGACUCUGGACUGGACUCUGGACUGGACUCUGGACUGGACUCUGGACUGGACUCUGGACUGGACUCUG